CCCACUGAACCUAAGGACAGAGUUUCUCGAAAUUAGAAUUUUAAACGAUAAAAUGUAAUCAAACAUGAACCAUACAGUUUGGGCAAUCUCCUUUUUCCUUCUUUUAAUUAGAUCAUGAUUCAGAAUCUUUCCAGUUUGGUCAUGAAUUAGAAUUAUUUCAAUGGAGAAUUAGGAAAGUUGGAUCUUUUAGUCUUAUUUUGGGAAAUGGCGGAGAAGCUCGCGAUGAGAAGAAGGGUAGUGUUGGUUCCAGCUCCAGCACAAGGACAUAUAACUCCAAUGAUGCAACUUGCAAGGGCACUUCACUUAAAAGGUUUUUCAAUUACAGUCGCUCAGACCAAGUUCAACUACUUAAACCCAUCAACUGAUUUGUCUGAUUUUCAGUUUGUCACCAUCCCAGAGACCUUACCAGAGUCUGCUCUUAACAAUCUAGGACCAGUAAGGUUUCUGAUUAAGCUAGCUAAAGAGUGUUAUGUUAGCUUUAAGGAGUUGUUAGGUCAGUUGUUGGUUAAUGAAGAAGAGAUCGAUUGUGUUAUCUAUGACGAGUUCAUGUACUUUGUUGAACCAGCAGUUAAAGAGAUUAAGCUUCGUAGUGCUAUUUUAAGUACUACAAGUGCAUCAUCUUUUGAUUGUCGUUUCCUUAUGUGCAAACUCUAUGAUAAAGAUGGUUUGGCUCACCUUAAAGAGGGCGGUGGGCGAGAAGAGGAGCUAGUACCAGACUUACAUCCUAUACGGUACAAAGACCUGCCAACUAUAUUCUUUGCAUCAGCAGAGUGUUCAGUGGAGUCUUCAGUGGAGUUGUUUAAGAAUUCAUGUUAUAAAGGGACAGCUUCCUCUGUGAUAAUCAACACGGCGAGAUGUCUGGAGAUGUCAUCCUUGGAGCGGCUUCAAGAAGAACUAGAAAUUCCAGUGUAUCCUAUAGGGCCUCUUCACAUGGCGGUUACUGCUCCUCCGACGAGUCUUUUAGAAGAGAACGUGAGCUGCAUAGAAUGGCUAAACAAACAAAGGUCGAGCUCGGUGAUUUAUAUAAGUUUGGGAAGCAUGACUUCGAUGGAAACUAAAGAAGUGUUGGAAAUGGCUUCGGGUUUGGUUAGUAGUAACCAAAACUUCUUGUGGGUGAUCCGACCAGGCUCCAUUCGUGGUUCUGAAAUGUGUGAGGAAGGGUUGUUUAGUAAGAUGGUAACAUUGGAUCGAGGUUAUGUUGUGAAAUGGGCACCGCAGAAGCAAGUGCUUGCACAUUCUGCGGUUGGAGCGUUUUGGAGCCAUUGUGGAUGGAACUCGACUCUAGAAAGCCUUGGUGAAGGAGUUCCAAUGAUAUGUAGGCCUUUUACCACUGAUCAAAUGGGAAAUGCAAGGUACUUGGAAUGUGUGUGGAGAGUAGGGAUUCAAGUGGAAGGUGAGCUAGAGAGAGGAGCGGUCGAGAGAGCUGUGAAGAGGUUAAUGGUGGAUGAAGAAGGUAUUGAGAUGAGGAGAAGAGCUCUAAGUUUGAAAGAGAAACUCAAAGCCUCUGUUUUAGCUGCAGGCUCUUCACACAACUCACUUAAUGACUUCAUCAACACUUUGUGAAGUUAUGAAUCUCAUGUUCCAAUGGAAUUUGACCUCUAUGUAUUGGAUCUGACAUGCACGACAUUGGCAACCUCUGCAUCUUCCUAGGCACAAACGAGGCUUUUUGCGUCUCUACUUUGGAAGUUUUGGAUCGGGCUUUGGCUUCUACGACCUCGCCUCCCUCACUCUCUGUGACCUCACUGGUUCCGCCCCCAACUCUAUUCACUACAUGUGGCGUGCCCCUCUCCAGUAACUCUGUUGUAGCCUCUUUGUUAUUGCUUCUGAUUCUUCUUUCAUGUUUUUUGUUUUACGACUAAGUGGUGUUUUAGAGAAGAAUUUGUUCUUCUUUUUCAAAUUAAGUGAUGUUCAAGUUAAAAUCUAGCGGACCAAUUGUAUCUUCUUGAGUUUUAAAUGGGCUGUUUCGAGUA